AUGGACAGCUCAAAUCGCAUUCUUCACACUCGCGACGCCUACACCGUCGGCUGGGUUUGUGUUCUGGACGCCGAGCAAAAUGCCGCCAGGGCUCUCCUAGACGAACUGCACGUCUCUCCACCUACCCCCCACGAUGAGAACGCAUACAUUGUCGGCCGCAUGGGGAAGCACAACGUCGUCAUUGCUAGACCUAUCGGCCAAGGAAAAGCUAAUGCUGCUGAAACUGCGGUGAACAUGAUCCGCACGUUUCCCCAGAUCCGGUUUGGAUUGAUGGUAGGUGUUGGCGGGGGGGCCACAGACUCUCCUGACCCUUACAUGGGAAAGAGAGAUAUUCGGCUCGGAGACGUUGUUGUCAGCAGGCCUCAGGGCAAUCAUGGCGGCAUUAUGCAGUACGAUACGGGUAAAAAGUACCCUGAAGGGUACAAAAUUAUAUCCCACCUGAACAAGCCGAAAAGUACUUUGAUCACGGCGGCAAAUACGCUCCAAUCACAUCACAACUUCAAGCAGGGGGGCAUGAAAUCGUAUAUACAGGAGGCGAUCUCCAAGCUCCGGGAUCUGGAUAUGCCAUAUUUUGGCUUUCCGGGUCGCGAGCAUGACCUGCUGUUCCGGGCAGAGUAUCGCCAUUCUGACGAAGGUGAGGACUGCAGCAACUGUGACAGAACACAAAUAGUCGAUCGUGCCCCGCGACUGGAAGAUGGUCCCUCCGUCCAUUAUGGGCUCAUUGCAUCUGCAGACCUCACUAUGCAAGACCCGAUGUUUCGGGAUGAGCUUCGCAAAUCCGAAAAAGUACUUUGUUUCGAGAAGGAAGCGGCGGGCCUGGUGGAUCACUUCCCAUGUCUUGCCAUCCGGGGUAUCUCGGACUAUUCAGACACUCAUAAGUGCAAGAAGUGGCAGCCGUAUGCUGCUGUAACUGCUGCGGCUUAUGCAAAGGAUCUAUUGGCGGUGAUUCCCCCCAGGACACUCGCCGAGGAUACGGCGGCGGCGAAAGACAUCGAACAAUUAAAGGAUGGAUUCGACAAGAUGAGCACGGCACUGGACACCAAAUUCCGCCGUAAAUUCCGGGAUUGGCUCUCUAACUUGGAUUUCAAAACCGAGCAGGAAGAGCUGUUUGGCAGAUCCGUGCCAACGGGAAAGUGGCUUCUUGAAUCCGAUGUAUUCAGGCGUUGGGUCGAAGGAAGUCGCUGGCAACUUCGAUGUUACGGCGAGCCUGGCACAGGCAAGACCAAUCUCUGUGCUAUAGUGGUUCACCACCUCCAAAAGGCUUUUGAGUCACCAAAACCAGUCAUCUACAUAUAUCUAAGUGAUGACGAAUAUAUACGAGUCAACCAAACACCAGACCGCCUUCUGGGUAGCAUGCUAAGGCAGCUAAUCUCGUGUGAUCCUAACGUCGAUAUUCCACCGAAGCUCAUAGAGGCAUACCAGAGUCGUAGCAACGGAGCACUUUCGACUAGAGAAAUCAUGAAGCAGACGUUCCAGGACUUAGUGGCCAAACAGGAUCGCGUAUAUCUUAUAGUUGACGGCCUGAAUCAAUGCUCCCCGGAGGUUUCAGAGCUUAUCAAGGACUAUGCCCUGGGGCUUGUUCAGGAUGGCCUUCCCCUGAGCCUUCUUACCACCUCACUGGGUUACCGAGAAGUUGGCAAGGAUAUCUAUUGCGAUUACUGCGGCACAGAAAACCCUCGCAUUUAUUUUCAUUGUGAUUGCAACGGUGGAGAAUUCGACCUAUGCCUGAAUUGCAAAAAGGCAAAAAUCACCUGUCCCCAGAACCAUGAGGGCGAGGAGCUUUAUGACACCGUACGGAUGGAGGUACGCGCUCAAGAUUACGAGCUCGAACAGUUCUGUCGUGAGAUGAUCAAUCAGGCAUGCAAGACGGGCCGCGAUCGACGGGAUGAGCGCGUGCAUCCGUCACCGAAGUACAACCCAAGAGGCGUUGCACGGUACCUGCGCAAUAAGAGCAAGCUGGUCGAUGAAGUGUGCUGGAGAAUUGCAACAAGCGCACAGGGCAAGUUUAUCGUUGCACAAAUUUGGGUCCAGGAUUUACUCGAAAGGCACAAGGAGCCAGAGAACGAUGACGAUUUGCUUAAAACCUUGGACUGCAUACCACUCGAACCUUUGGCCGCGUACGUUAAUGAACGGAUGGAGAAGCUUGAGAGAUACAAAACAGAAAGCGAGCUAAACGUAGCAAUCAUGACACUCUCCCUGAUAAUGUCGGCUUGUCGGCCUUUAAAUCUGCUACAGUUACAGCAUGCGUUGGCCCUCAACAGCGUCUCGGGCCUGAUCGUAGAGGCAAACCUAGACAAAAGAACUUUCAUCCUGAAAUCAGCAAACGGGCUAGUCACCGUUCAAAAGGGCGACGAACCACACUCUAUCGUACGACUUUUCCACAGUACCUUGCCGAGCGUCCUCGCUGAGCGUGGCCGUUAUCCAACUUUAAAGCGUGCGGAGUACGAGAUGGCGAAGCUUUGCCUGAAGUACUUACAGGACGAGCAGUCCUUGAAACACUAUGGGAAUAUCACGGCGUAUCCUUUUCUGGCCUACGCUCUUGAAUUUUGGGGAGACCACGUUCGCAAAGCGAAUGAUCUACGGAUUGAGACGGCAGCGGUUCAGUUCCUCAAAGAUCCUGUUCGUUUUGCAUGGCUCAUACAAGCAGUCGCUAAGUGUUGUCCAAAUGUAUCUGAGGAGUGGAUUCAUGAAGCUAUGGGCGUUCUUCACCUUUGUGCUUGGUUCGGUUUAUCCAAUAUGGUCAAUCUCCUGAUUGUUGAAAACCAUGAUGUCGGCAUACGUGAUCCUAAAUACAGUCGUACCCCCUUACGAUACGCUUGCCUCAAUGGUCAUGUCGAGACGGUAGCAGAAUUAUUGAAACACAACACCCCAGUAGAGGAGGAGGCAGUAGUCGACGCUAUGUGUGGUUUAACUUGUGAGGAUCGUCCUCAGUGCGAGCAGGAGAGACGGCAAAGGAUUGUUGAAGGGCUUCUGGAGACAGGCAAUAUCAAUACCAAUGCCAGAUUGGGCUCGAAGAGCCGAACGGUCCUCAUGCUUGCAGUGGGACACGGUCAUUAUGACUUCGUCAACGUGUUCCUGAGCCAUAAAUCGAUCAACGUCGACACUCAGGAUUCAAAUGGCUUUACUGCAUUAUCGUUUGCGUUAUAUGCAGAAGAAGGCGUUACUAUCGGCAUGAUCGAUACUGUGGCAGACCAUGUAUACAUUCCACCUUACAAAUUUAUCAACGACAUCCGCUACGAGAAAUACAGGUGCCAAGGGCUUGUCAAAUUGUUAUUGCGAAAGGGUGCUAACCCAAACAUGAGAGACAACGCCGGUAACUCGACCCUGAUAUGGGCUAUCAGACUGGGCGCGCUGGAUGCUGUACAAGCCCUCCUCGAGUGCGAGCUGUUAGACCCACAAGCUGAAAAGGGGCUUAUCCACACAGCGAGCGCAAUGGGACACCCAGAGAUUAUCCAUUUGCUCCACUCGGCCCUUUCGCGGAGUAACAAGAUCCAUGUCUGUAACAUAAACACCCGAGACGAACGCGGACUAACACCACUACACUAUGCUAGCCUUUCGAACAGCGCACGUGCAGUUGAAGUGACAGAGAUGCUGCUCGAGCUAGGCGCAGAUCCCAACCUCACAGACGCCAGGGGCUGUACACCUUAUAUGAUGGCUUCGCUACUUCAACAGACACAAGUCAUAGAGGUGCUACAGAGCAAAACCAAAUCACUCAAUUGGGAAACCAGAAGCAUGUUGGAUCUUCCUGCUUUGACCCUCGCCAAACAUGGCCAUUGGGAAUUGCUUCGAGACGUAAUUACCUCCGGGAGGACUGACCUUACAUACAAAUGCAUGUUGAGUGGUGAUACCCUGCUACACAUGGCAACGACAGCCAAUGAAAUUGAUACUUUGCGCUUACUUCUCAGCAAAUUCAACGUGCGACCAGACAUUGCAAUCAACGAGCAAGGACGUACGCCACUGCAUCUAGCGAGCAGUGUGGAAAUCGCCACAAUAUUAGUCGAGAACGGCUGCCAUAUCGACUCAACAGAUUUCAAUAAUGAUACACCAUUGGACAUUGCGCGUCGACGGCCCCGAGCCCAUGAUGUCGCUGAUUAUCUUGAAAAUGCGCUAAAGAUGUUCGGGCAAAAGCACGAUAUGGAGAUAUGGGGGCAAAAGACUAAAGGUGGAAUUGGGACACUGUCGAGCGAGCUCACUGUGACUGGUCAUGAUCGUGGCUUGACUUCGAGCAACUCGCCUGCUUGGACAGUGCGACUGAAGCGUUGUAGCCUCCAGCUACUGCUAGGUACCCUUCCUUUACUUGUAAUGUAUGUAGUAGUCCUCAGUGCUAGAAUUGUUUCCCUGUUGCAAUAG